CGCCCACACCCCAUACGCCCCGCCCCUUUAUUCAUUUGGCUGUUCCAUGUAUCCUCUUUCUCUUCCUCCUCUCUCUUCCACGCUGUGAGAUGAGCAGAAGUUGAACAUUUUUCCGUCAUUGAUUCAGAUCAGGUGAACAUUCUGAGGAUUAUCUCAAAUACUUCACUUUUUUUUUUUUUUUAAACGUUUUUAUUUCAAAACACCACGAAGGAAAACAUUCCACAUCGACGCCAACUAAUUAAGUGGGAGGUUCUGGUCGCACAGCUGCCGCACGCGCACCGACUCAUUUGUCUGUUUAACCAACGGCGCUUUGACUAUUUGCUUGUAUCCAUACUUUGUUUUUUUUAAACAUUUGAGUUCAUUUAACGAGGACAUUGUUGUGCCAAAGUGUGACUCAGGAUGAACGGCAACAAAAUCGAGAAGGAGAACGAGCAGAGUGAAUUCCACGAAGAAGAGGUCCGAACACUCUUUGUGAGUGGACUACCACUUGAUAUUAAGCCACGAGAGCUCUACCUCCUCUUCAGACCAUUUAAGGGCUAUGAAGGUUCUUUGAUAAAGUUUACUUCAAAACAGCCGGUGGGGUUUGUCAGCUUUGACAGUCGAUCAGAGGCGGAGGCUGCUAAGAAUGCCUUGAACGGGGUCCGGUUUGAUCCCGAGAUCCCACAGACCCUCCGGCUAGAGUUUGCCAAGGCCAACACCAAGAUGGCCAAGAACAAGCUGGUGGGCACCCCCAACCCCCUUCCCUCCCAGCAGAGCCCCGGACCCCAGUUCAUUAGCAGAGACCCAUAUCCGUUGGCUCCCACCUGCAGAUGGAACUCCUCAGGGAUGGAAGUCAAGGCAGUUCUGCUGAAGUAUGUGUUCCUGAUGUGUGAUGGUGGCUUUGGCCAGCUGUGACGGGCGUUGCCGACUGGACCUCUCUGGUCCCCUGAGAAGCCAGGAGGACUGACGCUGGGGUUCGCGAGUAGCCAACCGUCGGCAGCCUCUGAGGACAUAGCAGACCCCCGCCUCCAUCACACAUCGAGAACCCACCUCCUCCUAACAACUUUUUUUUUUUCAAACUACUCCACCCUUUGUGAAAGGUUUAUGCAUUGGAAGUGUGGCUACAGCGCCUUCUAGUGGAUAUUAUUAUUACGACUAUUACUACUAUAUACUUAUUCAUGUUAGUACAUGUUGAAGCAUGACUUUGCAAAAAAAAAAAACAACGUUGUACAUUUGGAGAUAUUUUCCACAAAGGUAUUUUUGUAAUAUAAACAUUGGGCUGAAAUGUGCUAUUACAGCUCAACAUUGUUUGAUUUGUUAAAUACAUUAAAACAUGUUUUCCUUUUCCCUUUCUGUGAGAGUGCAAUACCAAAGCAGUUCUCUUGGUGUGCUCUUGUUGUGUCAAAGUUACAUCAAAGCCCCUCCCUUCCCUUGAGACUCUAUAAUUAGCAAACAGCACACCAAAGGCCUUUUUAUUUGCCACUAUUUCCUUUCUGAUGCCCUCAAAGUCCCGAUUGUUAUUGUCUCUCCGACUCUUUUGUCUUUUUCUCAGCAGCCAAAAUAUUUUUUACAAUCAAAAUGUACAUACUAAUCUAAGUAUGAUGAAAAAUAACUAACAAUUUAAAAAAUAUUGCUUUCUGAUCACUAAACAAUGCUCCUUAUUACUGCAAGUACAAUCAUAUCUAUGAAGGAGUGUUAAAGCCGGAGUGUUAAAUACCAAGAAAAAAGUUUUAUUGCUGUUAAAUUAAAGUUGUAACGAGAAUAAAGAUUACAACAAAAAAGUCAACGUUGCAAGAAAGAAAGUCAAAAUGUUUCGACAAUAAAGUUGCAAUGAACGAAACGCGUUGAUUAGGAGAAAAAAGGUGAAAUGCUUCCAGAAAAAAGUUAAUGUUUUUGUUGCGAACAAAAGUCGUAAAGACGAGGACAAAAUUCACAAUAUAGGCAGAAAAGUUCCAGCGGUACAAAAUUAAAGUCGUAAUGGAUGUACAGUAUAUAAUUUCGAUCGUGAGUCUAGUCGCAAAAAUAUAACAAAAACAUUAAAAUAUAGGGGACAAGUCUAAAUGUGUAGGGUAUAUACGUUUAAAAAACGUAGUACAAAUCCAGUCAAAGUCCUAAAAUGACAGGAAAAAAGCCGUAUGGAAUUCAAGCUAAAAGUGGUCAUGGUACAUAAAUUGAGUUAAAAUGUUCCGAGAAAAACUAGCAAUAACUUUAUGGAAUAAAUGAUGAACAAAAACUACAUUUUGCAAGAAAAUGGCAUACUGUUACAUUAAAAAAGUCGUAAUUUUAUGAAUAGAAUUGUAAAAUCCCCACACAAAGACUAGCAGUUAUUUCAAGUUUAUGCUUCGAAAGUCAUAAAAGAUGAAUUUUACUCUUGCGCCUUCACUGUGUACUUUUUUUUUUUUUUUUUUACAAUAUCACUACUUAAGUACUGUAAAAUUCUGACUUAUUCCCAUUAUUCUCUCCCUUUUCUCUGUGGCCUUAAUACUAUUUCUGACUAGUUUGUAAUGAAUUUGAAUAUUAUGCACAUUAUCUUUGAUUUUUAUGAGAAUUUAUUCUUGUUUUUUGUGUUGAAGCAUCAACUCUAUUUGAACUUCUAUUUAUAAAGUGUGGGUGUGUUCCUGUUAUUAUCAUAGGUGUUGUUUUUCAGAUCAUUCAUGAAGAAGCCAAGCAUUAUAUUAUUAUUAUUCAAUGUAUUACAUUAUUGUAUAUCAAUUUUUUUUAGCUGUGACUACUGUAUGUAUGAUAUAUAAAUACUGUAUCAUUCACUGUGAAAUACAACGGUCCUUUUUUUUUCUUCCUGUUUUGGCCGCCGUAUGGUACCGCAAAAAAAAAAGUAAAUAUGACAACUUUUCCUUGCUGUAUUCAAAAUGUGUGAAUUUGUUUGUGCGUGUUCACAGCAUGUGUGUGCGCGUGCGUAUGCGUGUGUUUUAUUUAGGCGCUGUAAGGAGAUUUAAUUGUUUUUGUUCUCAAAACCAAAAAAAUAUAUAUAUGUUUUCAGGAGUGUUUAUUGAGGUCGUGCCAUUAAAGAUCAACAAGAUCCCCAUUGA